GAUCCAUUAUAACUAUUAAAAAUUGAUUUGUGAUCAAAGAAUUGCGUUAAGUCAAGUAUGGUUGGUGUUGGUGUAUAACCGACGAAUCUUGCCUUGUUGUGCUGUUUGAACUUAAAUUUUAUUCACUUAUAGUACAUCUAAAGCAAGUUCGUGGAUUUUAGCUAAAUUAGUGUGAUAAAAGUACAGAAAGCUUAUAAAUUUAUGUGAGUGUGUGUGCAUUUAUAAUAAUGUGAGAGAGAGUAUAUAAGUGACAUUAACCCUAAUAGGAUUCGGGAUAUUCGCCUGGUAAAGCGUAUCUCAGUGGAUUCUUCCACUGAAUCGAAUAAAAAAGAAGAAAAUAAUAUUAACGGAAAAUGUUAAAAAGGUGAUAUUUGUGGAAACACACGUGGGACACGAAAUUAAGUGUUACAAUUAGUUGAAAACUGUGCAAAAUGAAGUGCAAUAUAGAGUUUAUAUUAUCCUUUAUGGUACCUUUGCUUCUACGAAUGGUUAAUGCGAGCAGAGUUCAUGCUGUCAGCUACCUUAACAAUUCAACAUCACAAGAGAUGGAGUUUAAGUCGGAAUCGAGCUUGUCUCUGCGAGACAUUUUACCGGUAAAGGCCAAAUACUAUGAUAAGAACAGAGCCCCCAAGCUCUUGGGGCAGCCUACUAUAGUAUACUUCCACGUCACUGUGUUGUCUUUGGAUUCUAUCAAUGAAGAGAGUAUGACAUAUGUGGCGGACAUAUUCCUCGCCCAGUCCUGGCGAGACCCUCGUCUCCGUUUACCAGAGAACAUGCACGAAGAGUACAGAAUCCUCGACGUGGACUGGCUCAACAACAUUUGGAGGCCCGACUGCUUUUUCAAGAACGCGAAGAAGGUCACCUUCCACGAGAUGAGCAUACCCAAUCACUACCUGUGGCUUUACCAUGACAAAACUCUACUAUAUAUGUCCAAAUUGACGCUUGUACUCUCAUGCGCUAUGAAGUUCGAAUCUUAUCCUCACGACACUCAAAGCUGUUCAAUGAUGAUAGAAAGCUUAUCGCACACAGUUCACGAUCUGGUUUUCAUAUGGAACUUAACUGACCCGCUGGUGGUUAAUCCAGACAUCGAACUGCCACAGCUGGAUAUCUCCAACAAUUACACUACGGAUUGCACCAUUGAAUAUUCCACAGGUAAUUUCACAUGCCUAGCCGUGGUAUUCAACCUCCGUCGUCGGUUGGGUUACCAUCUCUUCCACACCUACAUCCCAUCGGCGUUGAUCGUCGUGAUGUCCUGGAUAUCUUUCUGGAUCAAACCUGAAGCUAUACCAGCUAGAGUCACUUUAGGUGUAACAUCACUUCUGACAUUGGCAACUCAAAACACGCAGUCCCAGCAAAGCUUGCCACCAGUGUCCUACGUGAAAGCGAUCGACGUUUGGAUGUCAUCGUGUUCUGUCUUCGUCUUCUUAUCUCUCUUCGAGUUCGCUGUAGUCAAUAACUACAUGGGACCCGUGGCCACUAAGGCUAUGAAGGGGUACUCUGAUGAGGAUCUGUCAAGAGAGCUGGAUGCUUACAAACAUAUAUUUCCAAACUCCGUGGAUCCUCGGGCCAGUACGUCCGCCUCGCUCCCACAAUACGACACUUUCUGUAAUGGAAGGGAGACAGCUGUAUACAUCGAUCGCUUCUCCCGAUUUUUUUUCCCAUUUUCCUUCUUCAUCCUAAAUGUUGUGUAUUGGUCAACAUUUUUGUAAACUUUUAGUUUGAUAAUUAAAAUUCAAAUAAUUUCAAUGAGAUUUAUAAAUGCUUGUAAGUUUCGACUCUUAAUUGAUGUUUAAGGAAAUUUGUUUGUCAACAAAUUGUUAUAAUCUUUGUAGUACUUAUGUACAUUGGUAACGACCGAGUAUGUUAAGGCCAUUAUAUAUAUUAAGCAACUGUUUUAAUGUUUUGUUGUACAGAUGAAGCGUUUUUGAUUCAUUGUAGAACUUUGAGGAUUCUUGCGGUUCCAAUAUUAACGAUAAGAUUGUCCGGCUUCCGUUUUCCAUCGUAGGUAUAUGAGAAAUAUAUUUUGCAUACUAUGUUGUUUACAAGAGAAAUGAAUUAAUUACUGCCGCAAAAACCAAUUAAAUUGAAUCCCCUAAAGUGUAAUUUUUGAUUUAAGGAUUAUUUAACUAAAAACAACGCCAUAUUGUUUUUCUAAUGCAAAAUGUCCGGAUUCAUUUAUUUUUGAAUAGAUAUUUAGUAUUUACAGAAAGUAAGUAGUUAUAAAGAACUUGCCAAUUUUAUAGUAGUAAAAUUAAAUCGUUGAUUUUUUGCUAUUAUAUUUGAAAGUUUCGUAGGGCGUGUAGUUAUUUUAUUAUUAUAUUAAAUAAGUAUGUGUUGUAACAUAAAGCUGUUUAUUCUAUUUCUUAAGAUUUUCUGUAAAGUAAAUUUAGAUGAGAGUAUUAUAUUUGUGUUCCAUAGAAAUAUAAUAUUAUUUGGUUUUUAGUGUAAUUUUUUUUACGUAAACGGUGGCUGCCACUACAUUAGAGAUAUGCGAUUUAGCUAAACCGAACUAAAGCUAAGUCGUUUUCCAUCAAACGGAGAGAAGCAGAGCGGAAAGCCGAAUGAUGUAGUGGCAUUCUUAGCUCACUCUCCCUCUAACUAGUAUGUAAAAACUAAGCUUAUUGUAAAACCUUUUUACCACAAGCUUUACUAAACUGAGUUAUAAAAAUAAAUCAAACCUGUUGGAGGGUUUGACGCAAACGCAAUACGCAAUACAUCUCUGGUGGAAAGCAGCCUUUACUCUUAUAUACAAACAUACUUCUAAGUAUUAUUAAGAUGCAUUGGAACGCAGUGUUUUUUUUUCCAAUUUUUCCAACCAAUAAAAUUUUCAUUCUUACAGUCGUUGUAUGCUUAUCGAGUAUCGAAAAUCUGUAAUGUCAGAGUAAAAUUAUCCAUAUACACUUAGCCAUAAGGUUUAAAAUCGUUCAAACUUCUACCAUCAGCGCUACUAGCUAGCGGAACAAUGAUAAAAAUCAGAAUUAAAGAAUGGAAGACUUUAUUAAAAACUUCAUCAUCACAUCAUCAUCACAUCAACCGAUAGAC